UAAUAAUCAAACUCAUCCCUCUCUUCUGUUAUGACUUCAUUUGGCAAUACAACCAAAAAAAAAAUCACUACACAGAUCUGAAGCUUUCCUCUACCGUGCUUCUUCCCGGCGCUCACAGUUUGACCAUGAAUUUGAAUUCAGAACAUAUUUUGAUUUCAAUUUCAAAUUCAAAACUUCAAAAUAACAGCAGAGAAAGCUAUAGCAUAGAACACAUCUUCUCCACCUAUGAAAAAGGGUAAUUAUCAUCACCUGAAUCUUGACAGUUUUCCAUCAUUAAGCAACGAUGGUGGAGGCUCAUCUGGAAAACGAAGAAGACGGGUGGUUCAAACACAUGAAGAGAACACUCCACCAGGUCAAGGUCAACAUCUUAAUAGUGGUAAUACUUCCGGGAAUCCACCUUCAACGCCAUCACUACCACCUAGAUUGUUUCAAAGUGUUUAGAGUGGUAGACUUUGAGAGAGAGGCGGUGUUGGUUGCGAUGAGCGGCCAAAGACGAAAUCUUGCUGACCUUCCAUAUAUAUACUAUGAGCUUCAACUGUGUAAGCAAUGGCCCUAUGAGCUUCUUUACAACAUCAUCUAUAUAUUGGUGCAGUCGUCAAUCACAGCUGCCAACUUUGCAAGAAUCAUAUCUGUCUUCAACUGUGUAAGUAAUGACCACAACCACAGACCUGCCCUAUGAGCUGCUUUACAACAUCAUCUAUAUAUUGGUGCAGUCGUCAAUCACAGCUGCCGACUUUGCAAGAAUCAUAUCUGUUUAAGGCAUUGCAUUAUAAACCUUCUACUUCUGAUGUAAUUUUAUCCUUGUGAAUUUGUUCUGUGGCUCAACAAUUUUUUUCCAUAUUACUUAUCUUGCUAUGAUUUGCCAUUUGUUAUUUUCCUCCUUUUUAACUGGUUGCCUGAUUUCAUGACAAUGCCUCAAAGGAAUUAAGUUAGCACUUAUCUGGUAUAUGAGGUUUGAUUUUUGUAUGCUUGAGAAUUAACUAUAUAUUACUAGUUGGUCAAAUAGGGCCUUGAAGAAUUCUUUGCUGAUUUUGGAGCUAGUUGCAGUCUCUGAUUGAUUUUUCUGUGGGUCAAGGAGCACUGAGAAAAUGUUUGAGAAAGGCUUUUAAGUUUUACUCGUAACACAUAAUAAUAUGGAGGUUUACUUCUUUGUUAAUGUGUGCAAGAAUUUAUCCAAAUUAGUGGAUUCAACCACCCUUUACUGCUGUACCAUAUAGACUCAGUCGAGCAAAUAGACUCUUUUCAUUAUUUGCCUCCUCUGUUCUGGUGUUUACUGGGCUUUCUUCCCUGUGCGCAGUAGAUACUCUCUGGUCAUCUGGGUAUUAAAAUUUCAUGAUUCCAUAAUUGAUGGGUCAAUCACCAAUUGAUGCAUUGCUUAUGUAUGUAGCAUAAAAGCAAGCCACACUUGUGGCCUCUCCUGCCCUGUUGGUGAAGCUGGUCAUACUAAAGAGUGUUUGUUGGGUUUACAUUACUUCAAACAGAUUUUAUAGAAUAUGCAGCAACAAACACUUGUUAAAUCUCCUGCCCUCUUCGUUGUGCCUGCUAUGAAGCUUCUAACUUUUUUCUAGCUAUUCUUUGAUAUACCUGUAUUAUAAAUUUUGUGAUGUAUUGCUAGGAUACCUUAUUAGUAUUAAAUAUAUUAGUGAUUAGUGAUUGAAUCAGGCAUUUCUUAAAAGUAAUUUUGUGAAUUUUUAGUUCAUAAAAAUCUUGUGCAUUUUUGCAAAAACAAGACGUCUAUAUUUUUUUUGCUUGAUACUUUGUUGUAGUUGCCGGAAAUUUCUUUUGCUCGCAGAAGAAAACACAUUCUCAAGCUUCUCAACUUUGACACUAAUAUGAAAUUGGAUAGUAUCUAUCGAUAUCAGCAUGUCAUUGGCUUACUUGUGAAAUGUUCCGAAGCUGGGAACAUAGCUGCUCUGUUUUUGCUCGGGAAGGUUAUACUGGUGAGCUCUUCUCAGUUGUUGCUUAAAGAACGGCAGAAAGCAGAAUGUGAUGUCCAUGCCUGUGAUCGUUUAACGCUUUUUGACCUUGGACAUAUACUUUUCACCAAUGUUCACGCUCAGAACUGUAGAGUUGAUUCGUUUAUGACCUACUUUUCGCCUAAAGAAGUAUUUACUGAUGAAUCUUCACAUGCAAGAUUGGUUCACCAACAAAUUGUCAAGGAGUUCUUGGUAAAUGGAAGCCAUCAGGACUUAGCUCAAAUGUCUUCAUUCAUAAAAGGUUAUAUUAGGCGCUUCACCAAUAACACCAGUGAAGAUAGUCCUCUCCUUAAAUCCAUCAAUGAUCUAGUUUCUCGUGCUGAUAUUAUUGGAUAUUUCGAAACCAUGUUAAAUGAAGCCUAUGGCAAUGGCGUUUAUGUAUGUUGCGAAAUCUGUUCGAGAGGUAGUAGUAACUAUGUUAAAGCAACAUACAAUGAACUUGCAGAAUGCCGAGCCCGGACACUUUAUUUGUUUGAACCUAAUUUGGGAUAGGAUUUUGCAUGUUAUGCAAGAUUCGUAAACUUUAAAAGGGUCACAAAAGGCUCCAGGGUUGUAUUAGGAGACUCUUUCUUUCUGAGUAUUGACAACUUGUGCUUGAUAUGUCAAGCUCAUUCUGAGUAAUUUGCAAUAAAAUUCUAGAAAAUUUGUACUCUACUGUUAACUGUUGGAUUAAAUGACUAUACCUAUCCCAAUCGAUAAACGUUACAGUAGAAGACUUUGAUUUCCAGGAGCCCACAUGAUCUGCAAAUGGUAGACCAGAUCAAUCAGAUACAGGAGUGCAUAACAGCCUAUGAGAAGACAUUUCGUAUUCUUAGGCUAACUAGUGUCACCUAAUUUGCAGCAAUGGUCCAUUGUGUCUUCACAACAAUCCGACUCUUCACAUGGUAACAUUCAGCGAAAAGUCUAACAGUUGAUUAAGAUUUUUCCAGUAGGGUUCUAAUGUUGUUGAUGAAGCAGAAGAAAGAAAGGACAAAGCAUACAGUCUAAUGGGUUUAAACAAGAUAGUCCCAUAAGCAGGGAGAUGGUUUGAGUUUGAAUGAUUACAAGGCUGAAUAUUAAAUUGGGACUCUGAAUCUGAAUCAUAUUAGUUGGUAGGAGGACAUCUGAUUAAUAUGACACUGAAGAAGGGGGCCAAGAGCUUGGAUAUUAUUGGUGAGACAUAAAAAUGAUAGAGGGGCUGAAGCCUGGGAGGGACUUGAUAAAGAUUGCUGUAUCCUUUUACUUUUUUUUCAACAACAUUUAAUUGCUACCACAUGUUAUUCUUAAUUGUCUAUAUAUCAGUCCAUAUGAACCAAGUGUGGCUUCCCAGAACUGGGACCAUAAGAGCAACAAAUAAGAGGUCAAUGACAGAACUUAUUAAGAAGAAAAAAUUCCGAAAAUACCGGUGCAGAAACCAGAUUUUACAGAGUAGUAAUACUGAGUACUAAUGUGGAAUGAAUGGUAGCAAAGACAAGAAGAGCAAGCUGAAGGAGUAGAGAGAAAACAGAAAAUUUCUCACGUGCACAUUUACCAGAAACUUUCCAUUCCUCCUGUCCACAUGUCGAAGUUUGAAUUUUCUGAGCUAACAUGGGAGAAUGGGUACCUUGCCACGCAUGAGCUUGGCGGGAUAUUUCCUGCAGCACCAACAAAGUCCAAUUGGGGAAGGAGGGACGACACGCUAGAGUCCAUCGUUCAUCAUGCUACAAGCCACGGGCAAGGCAUAACACCAGACCAAGCUGCACAGCAACAUAUUAGUGUGGCACAUAGGGAGAAACCAGUUAUUGUUGCAUCCUCAGAUGGGAAAUGGGGAGAGAAUUUAAGUCAGGUAGAAAUGGCUCUAGGGUUCCCAAGAAAAAGAGACUGGACAGAGUACUCCAACCAAUGUGAAAGAAACUUUAACAGUAGCAACCAAGAAGGUGGAGAACCAGGUGCAUGUGCCAGUGCUAGUGCAACAUUUUGCAGGAAUAAGGACAAUACUAUGAUGACAUGGGCUUCUUCUGAAUCUCCUCAGACCCUUAAAAGUAAAUCUGCUGAAGAUUCAGCUUUUCUAGACGACAGGACGGACAAAGCUUCAAUGCUUGAUGAAGUGAUUGCGUACUUAAAGCAACUUCAAGCACAGGUUCAUAUGAUGAGUAUGAGAAACAAUAUUCCCCAGAUGAUGAUGCCUCUGGGAAUGCAGCAGCAACAACAAUUACAAUUACAGCAGCAGCAUCUACAGAUGUCUCUCCUAGCACGCAUGGGAAUGGGCUUCGGACUAGGAAUGAAUACAGGAAUGCUCGACAUGAGUACCCUGGCUCAGUGUUUCUCUCCCCUGAUUCACCAAAAUUCUGCCACUCCUGCAACUCCCAGUUUAGUAACACAGCCAUUUGUGUCACCGCCAACGAUGAAGAGGCACAUUUCACCAGAAGCAACUCCUACUCAAGGAGCUUCAAACACUUCUGUACCAUUCAAUGAUCCAUAUUGUGCAUUUCUAGCUCAAUCUAUGAAUAUGGAACUUUAUAACAAGAUGACAGCUUAUCAUCAACAAGUCAAUCAGGCUGCUCAGGCAUUGCACGGCGAUAAAAAGUCCAAUCAACUUCAAGGGGAAUGAGCAUAACUAUUUCCUAUAUUUGCAGUACAAGAGAAGCAGCAUACAUAAUAAAAUUGCAAUUACUAGAUGCAAUUUCUGUAAUAAACAGACAGUUAGAAAAUUGUAUUUUUGUUGAAUAUAAGGCUCUUUAUUUAAGUUUAAUUAUAUC